UUUGAUUUUUGAGUUUGCAUUUGCAGAGGGGUGAGGGGAAGCAAAGAGUGCGCGAAGUGUGAAUAAUCAACGAAAUGCUGCCAUUGACUUGAACGCGUUGCGUUCUUGCUCUUCAAGAAAACCAACACCUUAAAACAACUCCAAUAGUAUUUAGCAUUUGGUGUGUGUAUGAUUCAUCGUUUGAUUUGAAUUGAUUAGGUUAAAGUUUAGGUAUGGUGCUCCCACUUUUGAAACUCGGAACGCUGGCAUUGAAAACCCUAAGCAAACCCGUCGCUAGUAGAUUGAAGCAGCAGGCGGCUUUUCACCCCAGGUUUCGCCAACUCAUCGUUAACAUGGCUCAGACAAAUCAUCAAAUCACCACGAGGAUGCAACGGCGCAUCUAUGGUCACGCCACCGAUGUUGAGAUUCGGCCCUUGAAUGAGGAAAAGGCUGUUCAGGCUGCGGUUGACCUUAUCGGAGAACUCUUUGUCUUCUCGGUUGCAGGAGUUCUCUUGAUCUUUGAGGUACAAAGAAGUUCUAGAUCUGAGGCAAGAAAGGAGGAGCUACGAAAACAAGAGCUUGAGGCUGUGAGGCAAAAAAAUGAGAACUUGGCAGAAGAAGUGGAACUUCUUAAGCAAAGAAUUCAAGAACUGGAACAGAUGGCCAGGGGACGAGGACUGACUGGCAUUCUAAACUUCAGACAAGGUAAUACAGAAAUUGGAAAGGCGGAGAAAAUUGCUUGAGCUGAUGUUCUGAUAAACAGAAUAAUUAUUUAUGACAUUUUUUUCAUUCGUCUUCGCGAUGAAUGUCAAGCUUAAUCUCUGAUUCAUUUGAGGGUCUCUUCAAGAGGAGCCUAUUUUUUAAACAUUCAUUUGCUUCUAAUGAAAGAGUUCAAUUAUCUUGCUUUGUUGGGGAUAACUCGCAGAUUGAAAUUGUAUUGUCCCAAAUAAGUGGCAGAUAAUUCAUAGAGACUAAGAGGUGACGCACUCAAUUGAGCAUAAAAUGUGUCAUCUCAAAUAUACCCUUUGCCUUCUCAAUCCACUUGUUAUUAUUCUUUAAAAAGAAAAGAACAUUCGCUCUUCAUGAA